AUGAUCGAUAAUCUGAUAAUAUUAAGAAUACAAAGUUAUAAGAAUAAUACAAAGGGAUAUUCAUUUUAGGAAUUAAAACAGCUACCUAAUUUUAAUAUUGUUGCUUCAAAAAACAAAAUCUAUUUUGGGUAGGUAUUCAAUGGCUAAAAACAUGGUAAAGGUGUACUGCUGAUGGAUUAGGAACAUGUAUAUGAAGGAGAGUUUAAUAACAAUCGUAAGCAUGGUCAAGGCUGGGAAUUUUUUCCAUCUAAAUCUUAUUAUUAAGGGCUAUAUGUAAAUGGAAAGCCGGAAGGCUAAGGAAAAUUUACAUGGGCAAAUGGCGAAUAUUAUGAAGGAGAAUGGUUUAACGGCAAUAAACACGGAUAAGGAACUUGGAUGGGCUUAAAGGGAGAUAUGUAUACUGGAUUUUGGAUUGAAGGAAAGCCCAAUGGUAAAGGAUAACAUAAAUGGAUUAAUGGAGAUUAAUACAAAGGAGAAUUUAAGGAUAGUUUGAAACAUGGUUUUGGUGAAGAACUAUUCGCAAAUGGGGAUAGAUAUGUUGGAAUGUAUUAAAAUGGGAAACCUGAAGGAGAUGGAGAAUAUUUUUACUCAAGUGGUGCUUAUUUUCAUGGAAAAUUUAAAAAUGGUCUUAAAACUGGCUAUGGAGAGUACAGAUGUUCAACAUACUCAUAUAAGGGAUAUUAUAUGAAUGAUAAAAAGCAUGGUGAAGGUGAACUAAUUUAUUAAGAUGGAACUAGAAAAAAAGGAAAGUUCUUUAACGAUUUCUAUGAAAAAACAGUACUAAGAUAAUCCAGUGUCCCUAAUAAUACUUAGCCAAAUGAAACACCUCCUAAAAAUUAUUAAGAAUUAGUGAAGGCUUGUUUAAAACCUCCUACUUAUUUAUCCUCCACUAAACCCAACACACAAAAACAAUAAGCAUCCCCACUUAACAAAACUGUUAUCAUCUAAAGAAAUCGACUUGAUUUAAAUUCUUCUGAAAAACCCUAAAAAAAUUUGUAAAUAUAAACAGGUAGACAAAAUUCUAAAAGAGAAUUUUAAGAAAAGGAUACAAAUCUUAAACAAUAAGAAAAAGCUGUUUUGUAGAAAAAGGUUUCAUUAAACGUACAUAGCAAUAAAUCUUCCCCAAAAAAUUAACAACAUUAAUAAACGAUAUAUAAAUAACCCAGUCGGUAACCGUAAGAAUAGUCAUUUAGGUUCGAUACAACAAAAACAAGUUUUGUUACCAAGACUGGAUUAAAAGGAAAAUAAAGCUUUAAAUAAAGAAGUUACUCAAAAUAUGAUUGA